AUUGGCAGCACUGUUGUCCGCCACACGUGGGGCCACCGCGUGCAGCAGCAGCAGGUGACGGGCAUGGCAGGAGGCGUUGGGGGCCUUCGAGCCGCCCUGCAGAAGCUGUGCAAGGAAGACCAGCGGUGCCGUAGCUUGUUCAAGAGUCAGGCGGAGAAGGAGAAUUGGAGUGAUGAUGACCUAGAGCAACUUUUUCGAAAAUUGGGCCAGUCCCUCCUUGAGCCCCAGUUAACUCUUUUGCUGGGCACACACCUUCGGCCAUGGAUCCUGGAGCUGCUGGGGCGAGCAGAGGCAGCUGCCAAAAAGACCCGUGUGUCAGGCAGUGGCAAUGACCUCCACCAUGCCCUCUGCAUUGCCCUCAGCAAACUGGUGGUGUUCAGUGGAGACUCUGUCAGAUUUUGCCUCAAAUACUUUCAAAAUGCUGCAGCUCCAUUUCAACAAAAGGAAUCAGAUCAUGGAGAGCCAACUCCUAAAAAGAGAAGAAAAAAUGAAAAGCCUUCCAGUAUCAGUGAGAAAGAACUCUUGCAGGCUUCAUUUGAUCUUUUAUCCCAUGUUGGAAAAGACUUGGCACAGUUGUGGAGCUGCUCACAUCUGUUGCCCUACCUGCAUCACAGCUGUGAAGAAGUCAAGUGGUUGGCUUGCUGUUGCAUCGCUAUCAUCUCUAGAAUGAGUGAAGCUCAGCGUGAAUCUUUUGUAAUGAAAAAUGUCAAUUUGGAAACGCACAGAAACCUCUCAGUUCAAAAUGGAAGGAGUGCCUUGCCAGCUUUGCCUGACCUUUGGUCAACAGAGUGUACAGAAGAGGUUCUUCCAGGUCUCCGUCAGACAGUCAAUGUCUGUGGGGUCAUACUCCAAGUCUAUGAGAGAAAGUUUCAGAAGGAAGGUUGUUUGGUCACUCUGCCUUCAACCAGACGCAACCUUGAAGCGGUGGCCCUUGCAGUGUGCCGGGGCCAUCCAGUGCUCCUGGAGGGCGUGGUGGGCUGCGGGAAGACUUCUGUGGUGGAGCACUUGGCAGGUGUCACAGGACGAAUGAGAGCUCCAUUCUUGAUAAAGAUUCAGUUGAGUGACCAGACUGACAGCAAGACUCUCCUUGGAACCUACUGCUGCACUCAGACCCCUGGAGAGUUCAUCUGGCGACCUGGCUCGCUGACUCAGGCAGUUACAAAAGGCUACUGGCUUCUACUGGAAGAUAUUGAUUAUGCACCAAUGGAUGUCAUAUCAAUUCUUGUUCCCCUUCUAGAGUCUCGAACCCUGUCACUCGCUGGUCAUGGAAACAUUCAAGCCCACCCCGACUUCCAGCUGUUUGCCACCCGUCGCACCAUGGCAGGAACCAAGCUGGUCAGUGGCUGUGCCGGGCUCCUAGAUAGUCUGUGGACCAAAGUUACUCUUGAGACACUCCCUCGCUCAGAAUUACUGCAGCUCAUUGCUACAAGAUGGCCCCAACUUGAAGGAAUUUCAGAAAAGUUAGUAGGUGUGUACUUAAUGCUGUCAUCUGGCCAACAUAGUGAUGACAGUGAUAAAGAGAAUCAAGCAGAGGUGCUUGACUUUACUACUGUGAAGACAUCUGGCCGUCUGGUCUCCACCCGGGACCUGAUGAAGUGGUGCUCCAGAGUGGCGAGCAACAUCACCAACACAGAUAUGUCUGUAGCUAACAGAGCCUUUCAGGAAGCCCUUGACUGCUUCUGUGCUGCAGUACCUGAUCCGUUAUUAACCUACAAGUUUGCACUACAUAUUGGCUCAUUCAUGAAUAGAACUAAGGCAGAAAUUGAAUACUAUUGUAUUCAAUAUAAACCAGAAAUAACACAGAUGAUAGACAGAUUAGUAAUUGGGCAAAGGGCAAAGUUGCAACGCAAACCAACCUACACCCAAUUACUAACACGAAGCACAUGUGAAACCUUUUCAUUCACAAGACCUGCUGCUCUGCUUCUCGAGAGGAUUGGUGUUGCCGUUAUGAACCAAGAGCCUGUCCUUAUAGUGGGCGAGACUGGGACAGGGAAGACCUCCACCGUCCAGUACUUGGCUCACCAGACGCACCACAAACUACGCGUCAUUAACAUGAAUCAGCAGAGUGACACUACUGACCUUCUUGGAGGGUUCAAACCUGUUGAAAUGAAGACCAUUGUGGCACCUGUUAGGCAGGAGUUUGAGGAUCUUUUUGCUGCUACAUUCCCAGCAAGUGAAAAUGACAAAUUUCUUAAGCAUAUCAUGACCUGCUAUGUGAAACAAAGAUGGAGUGAUCUCUUUAAACUCAUGGAUCACUCACAGGAAAAGGCUGUGGAAAGACUUGAAGGUAAAUGUGAGGCUGAAAACAAAGCUUUGAUUGUGAAGUGGAAGAAGCAGAGGCUGACGGUGGCAGCCAUGAAGGAGCAGGUCCAGAAUACCCAGAGUGCAUUAGCCUUCUCAUUUAUUGAAGGAGCACUCAUCAAAGCUAUCCAAGAAGGAGAAUGGGUUCUUCUGGAUGAAAUCAACCUUGCCAGUGCAGAAACACUGGAAUGUUUAUCCGGACUCCUUGAGUCCAGCACUGGUUCACUUACCUUGCUGGAACGAGGGGACAGCAAGCCCAUCAGCAGGCAUCCAGACUUCAGACUCUUUGCGUGUAUGAACCCAGCCACGGACGUAGGGAAGAAGGAGUUGCCUGCUGGGCUGAGGAACAGGUUCACGGAGUUCUUCAUGGAGGAAUUAAACAACAAACAAGACUUAAUGAUUAUCAUAAAUGAUUACUUACUCAAGUUGGGUCCUACCAGUGAGCAAAUAAAAGGUAUCAGAAACUUCUACAAAAAAGUGAAGAAGGAAGCAGAGUUAAACCUGACUGAUGGCACGGGACACAAGCCACACUUUAGCCUGCGUAGUUUGUGCCGUGCCCUCGCUGUUGCUGCUAGAAAUCCAUGUUCAAGCCUUCCAAGAUCUUUAUUAGAGGCCUUCUGCAUUUCCUUUUUGACCCAGUUGGAUCGGUCAUCCCAUCCAACCGUGGUAAACCUGAUCAAGCAGCAUGUUCUGGGCAUGAACCUGCAGACCAAAGGAAAGGACCAGCACAAAUUUAAGUUAUCCCUUGACCCUAUACCUCCUCCAGCCUCUGAAAAGUGUGUUCAGAUUGAGGGAUACUGGGUCCCACAAGGCUUUGUAGAACCUCAGGCUCCAGACAAUUACAUCAUCACUGAAACUGUGAAGAGGAACUUGGAGGACCUUGUGCGUGUGGUGAGCAUUGGUCGCUUUCCAGUGCUUCUGCAGGGUGAGACUUCCGUGGGCAAGACUUCGCUCAUCACCUACCUGGCUCGGCUCACCGGCAACCUCUGUGUCCGGAUCAAUAACCACGAGCACACGGAUCUUCAGGAAUAUGUUGGCUGCUAUGGCCCCAAUGAGAGUGGCAAGCUAGUAUUCAAGGAAGGUGUACUCGUCAAGGCAAUGCGUAAUGGUCAUUGGAUCAUCCUUGAUGAACUCAACCUGGCCCCGUCAGAUGUUUUGGAGGCUCUGAAUCGAUUACUAGAUGACAACAGGGAGCUGUUUAUUCCUGAAACUCAGGAGACAGUUCGUGCCCAUCCUCAUUUUAUGCUGUUUGCCACACAAAACCCACCCGGCCUGUACGGAGGGAGAAAGGUUCUAUCCAGAGCAUUUAGAAACAGAUUUGUGGAGUUGCAUUUUACUGAAAUUCCAUCCACUGAGUUGGAGCUAAUUUUGCACAAAAGAUGUGAAAUUCCCCUCUCCUACAGCAAGAAGAUGAUUGGAGUUCUCUGUGACCUUCAAAACAUGAGAAGAGGAUCAAAUCUUUUCCAAGGGAAACAGUCCUAUGUGACUCUGCGUGAUCUGUUUCGGUGGGCCGAGAGGUACCGCCUGUCCCCGCAACAGACAGCUAAGUUCUAUGACUGGGAUCAGCACCUGGUGGACGAAGGCUACCUUGUUUUAGCUGGCAGAGUACGAGUGGAAGAAGAAGCUGCAGAAAUUAAGAAGGUACUAGAAAAGCGGCUGAAGAGAGUAGUUGACAAGGAAAAGCUGUUCACCUUAUCAGAGGAAACUUCCUCUGUCACAAAAUCCUUCUUGGAAAAAAUGACGGAAGUGAAAGGUUUUGAGCAUGUGGUCUGGACCGAGGACAUGCGUCGCCUCUACAUCUUAGUAGCCAAGGCUCUGAGCUUUAAAGAACCAGUGCUUCUGGUUGGAGAGACAGGCUGUGGUAAAACAACAGUCUGCCAGAUGAUUGCUGCUCAGAACACCCAAGACCUACAUACAGUGAACUGCCACAUGCAUUCAGAGGGAGCAGACUUUCUUGGUGGCUUGCGUCCUGCCAGGUCACACUCAGAGGAAGACGACCGUCUCUUUGAGUGGGUGGAUGGUCCUCUCAUUCUGUCCAUGAGAAGUGGUGGCAUGUUUCUGGCUGAUGAAAUUUCCCUUGCUGAUGACAGUGUCUUGGAAAGGUUAAAUUCAGUCCUCGAGCCUGAGAGGAUGUUGGUAUUGGCUGAGAAGGGGACUGAUCUUGGGGGUGACACCAGCAGCCCAGAUAUUAUUUUUGCUCACCAUAAUUUCAGGCUCAUAGGAACCAUGAAUCCUGGUGGAGACUAUGGAAAGAAGGAGCUCUCUCCUGCUCUCAGGAAUCGCUUCACAGAAAUCUGGUGUCCAAAAGUUGAAGUCAAUAGAGUAUCUUCAGAUGUUAUCAGAAUUAUUGAACACAACAUCAGGAAAGACAUUGUACUGAAUCAAGAAGAAAGCUCAAAUAACUGGGGAAAAUUAAUGCUACAAUUUUUAGAACAUUUUACAUGCACAGAACUUGGGAAGAAGUGUGUCCUUAGUAUUCGAGACAUACUGUCUUGGGUUCACUUUAUUAACAAGGUGACAUUGGAGCAAGCAUGUUUAGACCCAGGGUUGGCAUACAUCCAUGGAGCGUGCCUGGUGCUCCUCGAUGGCUUGGGUUCAGGGCUCACCGGGAGUGGUGCAGCAGGGUGGAAGCAGCUAAGAGAAGCCAGCCUCAAUUACCUUUGCCAACAAAUCUGGCAGAACUCUGGAACUAAACCCAAUAAAACAACUUUGGUGGAAGAAUUAGUUUCUGACUUGAUUCUUGUAAAUACUGACACAUUGUUUGGCAUUGGACCAUUCAUGAUCACUAAAGGACCAGAAAGUGAGUUGGGGUCAGAAUUAUUCACCUUCAAGGCACCCCGAACCUGCAUCAACUUGCUUCGCCUCCUGCGUGGCCUACAGCAGACUCGGCCAUUGCUGUUGGAAGGCAGUCCAGGUGUUGGCAAGACCAGUCUAGUGAUAGCUCUCGCUAAGGCAUCAGGCCACAAAAUUGUACGGAUCAAUCUGUCUGAACAAACAGAUGUCAGUGACCUCUUUGGUGCAGAUUUACCUGUGGAAGGAGGCAAAGGUGGACACUUUGCAUGGCGAGAUGGCCCAUUGUUGCAGGCGCUUCGUCAGGGCUCCUGGGUGGUGCUGGAUGAACUCAACCUGGCAUCUCAGUCAGUGCUGGAAGGCCUCAACGCAUGCUUUGACCACCGUGGUGAGAUAUUUGUUCCUGAACUGGGGAAAACUUUUCAUGUUGAACAUCAGGCCACUAAGAUUUUUGCCUGCCAGAAUCCCCAGCAUCAGGGUGGAGCCAGAAAAGGUCUUCCCAAAUCCUUCCUCAAUCGAUUUACACAGGUGCAUGUGGAACCUCUCUCACCUGCUGAUCUGGAGUUUAUUCUGACCAUGAUGUGUGAAAAAUUACCACAGGACAUUGUGACAAAAAUGGUUCAGUUCAACAAGGCCAUCACUUCAGAGAUCCAAGUGCAGGGGCUGUGGGGUCACUCUGGGGGCCCUUGGGACUUGAACUUGCGAGACUUGUUCAGGUGGUGUGAAAUAAUGCUGAAGCAUCAGUCGCCAAGCUGUUGGAAUCCCGGAGAAUAUGUGAGUCUUAUAUAUGCAGAUCGCAUGAGAACCACAGAGGACAAGAAAAAUGUUUUGCGUCUAUAUGAUCGCAUAUUUAGUGAAGGCUAUCCAAGCUAUCAAAGUAUUGGAAGAUAUCAAAUCACCUCAGAAGAAAUUAGAGUUGGCCAUGCAGUUAUUAAGAGGAAUUACGAUGGUGCCAAGAGUGAAGAAGACCUCACUGGUGACCUUUAUCUCAUGAAGAAUCAUCUGCCUUUUAUGGAGAGCCUCAUACACUGCAUAAACAUGAACUGGAUGACUCUGUUGGUUGGGGAGUCUGGUGUUGGGAAGACUUGUCUGGUGAAGCUGUUAGCCCAGCUCACAGGACGACGCCUCCUCACACUCACCGUCAGUUCAGACAUGGAUGUCACCGAACUAUUAGGAGGCUUCCUUCAGGUGGACCACAAACAGCUGUUGGGAGAACUGAUACACACUGCCAACACGGAGAUUCAAGAAACAGUGAGAGAAGCACUCCUUCAUGGUGAAGAGUCUCAGGCUGCAACAAUUCUUGCUGCUUGGGAGAAACUUGUUGUUGCUCAAAAGGACAAGACGGUUCGGACAACAAGUGAAGAUGUAGCAGACUUUCACCAUCAGUGUGAUUUACUUGAGGCAGUUUUAGAUACAGUAGUGAUGCCCAAAUCCUCUCCAGUUACAGAGAGCAAAGGAAAAAAGGAGAAAAGAAAACAGAGUGUGACUUGUACCAGCAGCAACGGUGAAGUGCCAGGCAGGGCCGGCGUGCUAAGGGAUCACCUGCAGCAGCUGAGGGAGAAAGUCACAGAGGCUGGAACGCUGUCAGGGGGAGGAACCUUUCACUGGGUGGAUUCUUUAUUGGUCAAGGCAAUACGAGAUGGUGACUGGAUACUCAUAGAUGGUGUGAAUAUCUGCUCAGCCUCAGUACUGGACAGACUUAAUGGUCUCCUAGAACCUGGGGGAGAAUUGACCCUCAGCGAGCAAGGGGUGGUGGGCGGCAAAGUUCCCACAGUUGUGCCUCACCCUCAGUUCCGCAUGUUCCUUGCCAUGAACCCCAAACAUGGAGAAAUUUCACGAGCCAUGAGGAACAGAGGAUUAGAAAUAUACAUGAUUGGGUCGUGGACUGCUACCGAAGACUUGCGAGCGCUGAUGCUGCAUGCUGGGCUCACCUCCGUGCCCCUGCAGAACACUCUUCUCCUGGCACACCAGUCUGUGGCCAGUGUUCUUCCAGCUUAUGAACAGCCAGGCAUCGUUCAGCUGAAGCUUGCAGCAUCAGUGGCUCAUCAGCUGAUUCAGAUUGGGUUUCAUCCUGAUCUUGCUCUCAGGAAAGCACUGAUUUUAGUCUAUGAGAGGUCUGUUGGCAAACCUGCCAUCAAAGAUGCUGUACAUGAAGCCAUAACUGAAGUUUUGGAGCAGUGGGACCCAGACAGCUGCCCACAGUGGCCCCGGUAUGAGAAUCAGGCCCUGGGGGUGCAAAAACUGAGUCUGGGAAGUUGUUUGGCUCAAGUGAAGGUUCUCGGCUCACUGGUGCAAAUUGUUACUGAGGCUGCAAAGGAUCCUGAACUUGUUCCUGCUUGGAGUUCUGCGUCUCUUCCUUUGCCAUGUCCUUUACCAUGUUCAGAAAGGAGUGUCAUGGACUGUGUUGUCAUUCUGCUUUCUGUGAUGCCACUCCACGACUGGCCAGUGCUUUCAGAAUGGGUAUCACAAGAAAUGAGCUCUACACCAAACAGGUCUCAUCUAGAGGAAAAAGUGUCAUCUUCACUAAAAUUUGUUUUGUCCAGGAAAACAUGUCUUGCAUCCCAAGGCUUGGUAACAAAGUAUGGUCCACAGAGGGCUUAUGAUCCACGCUAUGACCUCCAGAAACAAGCAACAGUAACGGAUCAGCAGAACACUUUUGAUUUUGAGAGUUUUGCCAACAAAUCAAGCCUGUGGUUAUGGCACACAUUAUAUUACUGCUUCAAGCAAAAUGCUAUCACUGAAAAGUCCAAGGCUGGUGGUAAAUUAGAUGCAAUGACACUACUAGAAGUCUCUCAGGCAGUGAAUAAGGGUCUUGUUGGCAGGAAAUCUUCCCCUCAUCCAUCAGUCCCUCUUCUUGCACACUUCUUCUCCCAAAUGAAUCAGAUUAUUCUGUCUUUAACAGAUGACACAUGCAUAACAAUCUCAGACCAGGAACUCUGCCAUAUGUUGUCUGCCCUUCGGUGGUGUGAUCAUCUCUUCCAGUUUUGCUGUCAAACUGUGAGCAAGUCUAAAUUCCAUCUCUUUCUGCCACAGUUAACAUUACACUGGCAUUGGGUUUAUGAAGAAUUUCUGCUGAAAAUUCCAGAUUCUUGGGAUAGUUUGAUUUCUGAACAGUUCAAAAAGGUGGUGAAGACCUUAAACUCAGAAUUUGAACAAGAGUAUGGCCCAGUUCACAAGGCUGCAGCAAGAUUGCGAUCCUGCAUCUCUCCUGCACCAUUUUCAUCCGAGCUGAUCUCGGCUGCACAAUUUCGUCUCUUGGAUUUGAUAUCUAGUCUUGCUCCAGCUCCUGACAAUGAGAAUGUCAAUAUGUUUUUGGCAUCAUCCACAGGCAGAGAAGUAAAUGAACUACUGAUCAACAUUGCACAAGAAGUUGCAGCAUGUAACAUUGAAAUGGUAAAUGAUAUACAUGAGCAGAUAAGUCAUGUAGAAGAUGCUGUGAAAGAAAAAUGCAUUAACCACAAGGCUCCACCAAAAUCAAAAGAUAAGGACAUACUGGCUCUACAGGUUCAAACGUGGCCCAUAAGAGACUACCUAGCAUACCAUCUGUUGUCAGUGGAAAGAGUGGGUGGUGAGUUAUCACCACUCAUGCGGAAUGUAGUCAUAGGGGCACCUGGAGUAUACACAGAGCUCACAGCCUGCCUUUCUGGUCCUACCUUCAGACCUUCAUCUGUACUUGGAACUCAUAGCUAUCUAGCUCUAAUUCAAAGCACUGCUAGUCGUCAAACUGAUGCAUUCCUUACCUAUGCACAGGUUUCCUCAGAAGAGGAAGAACAAAAAAACAGUGUUUUACUGCACCCAGCUUCAUGCCAACUCUCCUAUAUUUUGCUAGCUAACAAAAGAAGGCCAAACUUUGACAUAGAAAGUGUUAUGCAUGAUGUACCCACAGGCCUCCAUGUUGAAAAAGUUGCUCAGUUGAGGGCAGUAAAGUCUACCCUGUGGAACAACUGGUCCAAUCUUGCUGAUCCUUCACUGAGUUAUGAGGCAUCAUUUACUAAAUAUGUUAUUUCUUACCUAAUUUCAACACUUAGAGUGUUUGCCAACAUAUUGGGGAUUUCUCCUGAAAAUUUUGUUGAAUUAGAUGAUUUGCUCCUAGCUUCCACUCUGGCAUCCUUCAUAUCAGAGUCUGAUACUUCUUGGCUACCAGACAACUGCCAAAAACAGUUCUACAACUUGGUGAAAAUUAUCAAAAGGCUCCAAGAUUGUUCAGGGAACUGGAAGGAUAAAGCUAACAUUGCUGCCCAAGCAGCAGUUGCAAUUGGAACAAUCCAGACAUGCAUUUUAAGUUACUUGGAGCCAGUCGAUCCUGCUCAGUGUCAUGCGUUCAAGCUACAGUAUCAUCAAGAACAACUUCAAGAUUUAGAGUCCCACUUGAUGCUGGCAGCAUGGUUUGAACACUUGAGAGGUAAUUUAGCCUGUCCAAGAGUCCUGGAGACCCAUCCUCACCUGCCUCUGUUUGAAGCUAGAUGCCAACAGGUUAAAUCAGAAAUAGCACAGCUGUCACAGCAGGCCGCCCAUCGCUCUGGUGCUGUUGAGUAUCACCAGCUGAAGCAAGAUUUUGCUCACUUCACUUCUACAGUGUUCAUGCCCAAAAGAAUCCAAGAACUGUCUGAAAGUUUACUAAGAAAAGGGGAUAGUCUGCCCUCAGAGUCCCAUUCAGCAAAAACUGAGGUUCUACUUGUCUCUUGUGAUAACUUUGUGAAAAGGAUAGUGCAGCAAUAUCCCCUCUAUCGGGACAUUACCUACCCAUUCCUUCAGGCAGUGACUGUGAUAUGUGAAGCACUUAGGCUCUUACUUUGCCAACUCCAUCUACAGUGUUUCAAUGGAAAAUGUGACAUGGAUUUAACAGAGAACCUAGUGAGGUAUUCCUCCUUCCCUGCACACCGAAGUCCUUCACUGCCUCUUUAUUUGGUGAGUGAUCAGAUGAAAAUUGCCAAGUACAUUCCAUUAUUGUUACCUGAAGACCAGUUUCAAGGUCAGGUGAAGACUGCUACAAGUGUUGUACUGCGUGCAUCACUUCUGGACUUACUCAGUGUAACACUGGCUCAGCAUCACUUAGAUAAAGCCACUGUUGAGUUGAUGUCACAGUUAUUGGCUCAAGCAGUUUCCCAGUGGAGGCAACAGGAAGAAGCUAAGGCUCUCCGUGCUGAGGAAGAGGAAAGUUUGUACCGUUACAAGGCACGUACACUUGCUGCUUCUGAAACAGAGGAAGAGAUGCAAGAGAGAGAAUUCCAAGAGACUUUUCCAUGCUUCGAUCAUGAGUUUGAUGAUCUGAAGGGAAUAAGUUUAGAUGAUUCAGUGAAGAUGAGCCCCAAAGAAAAUGACAACAUCUCUAAAGAUGCUCCUGUAAUGUGCAUAACUGAUGAUCACCUCUAUGAAAUAUGUGAGUUGCAUAGUUUGAUUUUUACAAACUUAGCACACACAUCUUGGCUUGUUCCCCACACAAUUAUGUCGGUACAGUCACAAGUUGUCACAGCAGCAUUGCUCAGGUAUCAUGUGCUCCAGUUUCUUAUUGGAACUGCAGGAACCAUUGCAGGAUGUGAACUGGAUCAGACUAUUUUGGGGGCCCAAAUAUUGAAUAAUUUCUACUCUUCCUCUUACCUAACUCAGGCAUCCCAAUUACCACUUGUCAGGCAUCCCUAUGACAUCUACAAGGACCCUAACCCCCAGGAAGUGUUGAAAGUUCGUCCUCUCUUGAAUUCAGUAUGUGAGCGUGUAGAUGAGCUGCUCAAGGAGUGGCCGGGCCAUCCUAGCCUGGUAAUGGUGAACACUGUGAUAUCAAGGGUGUUGGACUUCCCUCUCACCUCUCCCUUAAUGAAGCAUGUGAUAGGCCUGGAAACAGUGCUGGAGAAAGCUCAAGAGUGGGAAAGGAAUGCUCACUCCGGUGUAUCCAUGAGGGAACAACUGGAGGCUGUGACCCAUCAGGUGCUGGAGUGGCGGCAGCUUGAGCUGAAUGCCUGGAGUUCAUGCUUGGAUUCCGUCACUCACAAAGUUGCCAUUCAGAGCAGAAAAUGGUGGCCACAUCUUUUUGAUACAUUCCAGGCUGCUCUUGCAGGAACUGUUUCACCACCUGAGGUACUAAAAACAUUAAAACAGUUUUUGGAAACUUCAGUAUUAGGGGAUUUUGAAAUGCGCCUGCAUCUCCUCUACUCUUUCCACUGCAACCUCGCAGCAUUAGAGAAAAGCAAAGUUACUCACUCACUAGCAGCCAUGACAUGGAACUUGCACUGUUACUUCAGUCAGUUCUCAUCAUUGGUAACCUCUGCAGUAACCAAAGCCAGGCAGCCAAUUGAAAAGGAGGUAAAGGGGUAUGUAAAAAUUGCCCGCUGGAAUGACAUCAACUACUUUGCUGUACGAGAGUCAGUGGAUAAAAGUCGCCGCACUCUUCACCGCCACAUGAGAAACUGGGAAAAGAAGUUACGACAGCCAUUUGCCCCUCUGAUGUGUGAUACAAAUUCUGAAUUAACUGAAGACCAGUCAGGGGCAUGGGACCAAAAGCCAGAGGUUUGCCCUCACAACAGUGUCGGUCCUGUCAUGCCUAGACCUCCUGUGGUGACAGUGGAGUACUCAAAGGAAGCAACAGAAAACCCUAUUGUAUCUCGGCUCCCUUUCCUCUCAACACGCUGCCAUAAGUUAACAUGCAGAAUGCUGUCCAGUCUUCCUUAUUCACUUUAUGUGGAUGAAGUUGAGGAUACCACAGUUCAGAUCAUCUCUAAUUAUCAGGAACUUCAGGCAGCUACAACACGAGCUGAGACAGCUUCUACAGAUAAGAUACGUGUGAAGCAGCUGCGAGGUGUGAUGCAGCGUCGCCGGGAGGCCCUCACACGACUCUUCAAAACACUGGCUGGCAUGGGUGUUGCCUACACCCUGGGCAACAGCCUCUGGCAUGUUGAUGAUAUUGACUCUUGUUUAAGUCUUGCUCCAAUAGACUUGAUAGUUGCUCAUUCAGAUGCUGCUUCUCUUCUCCCAGCCCGAGAAGCUUGGCCCGGCUGUGUCAAGUACAUUAAUCGUUGUAUUGGCCGCCUCUCCCUCCUGUUGUCAUCCCUGCAGCAGCCACAUAAAGAUCUUGGCCCUGAGCUUAUAAAGCACCUGCGUGGCAUUCCCUGCCACCUUUUCCUGCUAGCCCGGGACCAGAGGAAGUCAAUAUCCCAUGUUAGUGAAUAUACACACAAACUGCACUAUCUUCUCAAGGACAUCAGGGAAGUAGAUUCAUGUCAUUUCUCAAAGAGUAAAAUGUUAGCAGAGUUACAACACAUCCAUGCCCUCACAGCCUCCCUCUCACUCACCCUUGAGGAAAGUAUUCAAGUUCUUGGAACAUACAGCAGUACCCAGCCCCUUCUGAUGCUUGAAGAGAAUUGCAUUAAAAUGGAAGUCAGUGAAGCAAAAGUCAUGUUAGAAAAAAGUGCAUGUAAUAUUAAGUGGCUGCUGCCAAAACUUGCAGGUUUACUGAGGUAUCUUGAGGCUGAUCAUAGAUUAGUAACUCCAUCUCACUUGAAGCUGUACAGUAAUGCCAUAGAUACUCUCCUUCAGGAAGCUCAGAAUUUGAAUGAAGUCACAAAGGUGUUGUCUGUGAGGAGUGGUGAGCCACAUCCUGCCACAAGUCAGCUAAACAUUUGGCUGAAGGAAUGGUGGGCUGUUCAUUCUAGCCUCUCAAAGGUCCCUGAUUUGCAGUCACUGAACAUUUCUGAGAAUGUUGAUUUUGCACCUCUUGAAAAUUGUUUGACUCAAAUAUUGUUGAGUGUAGAAAGUCUUUACAAAAGACAUUAUCUUGCAAAAACAAAGAAGCAAGAUAGUGACAAAGAAGAUGUAAAGGACAUGCUUAGUCUUGGAUUAAUCAAGCAGCUUGAGUUUGACACCAAAGAUUUGCAACUAAAGCAAGCAGUGACUAACUUACAACAACUUGUGAAUGUAGCAGAAUCGCAGCCAAACAUACUGCAGAAGCUGAAAGCUUCACUUCCUCUACUUGAACAGUACCAGGCAAUAUGUGAAUCUCUCUUAAAUAUGAUGACAGUUAGUAACAGAAGUAUUGCUAAAUUUACUUCUGUUAUAAUUGCAGUGUUUCAAAACUUGGCAGUCAGUGGUUUUUGCAGGCCAAAAGAAUUGCAAGAUGAAGAAGAUGGGGAGGAAGGCACAAACUUUGAAGGUGCUGAAGGAACUGGCCUCGGUGAAGGUGACGGUAAAAAAGAUGUGUCUGAUCGCAUUGAAUCAGAAGACCAGCUAGAGUCAGCUCUCAAGGAGGGAGAGAGUGAGGAAGCAGGAGACAAAGACUUGCAAGAAGAAGACAAGGGAAUUGAGAUGAAUGAAGAUUUUGAGGGGAAAAUGCAAGAUGUUGAAAAGAAGGGUGAAGAAAAUGAGAGUGAUGAUGAUGAUGACGAUGACAAAGAUAAAGAGGACUUUGAUAAACAAAUGGGUGAAACUGAAAAAGGUGCUGAUAAACUGGAUGAAAAAUUGUGGGGUGAAGAUGAGGGAAGUGAAGAGGAAGAAGAUACUAAAGACCAGGAUGAUGAAGAUGGGCCAGGGGAAGGAGAGGCCACAGAGUCCAAAAUGGUGGCUAAAGACGACAACAAGAGUAAGGAGCAGAAAGAUAAAGAUCAAAAGAAGAAAGAAAAGUUAGAAGAAAUGGAAGACACAAGAAAAGAAAAUGAAAUGGAUGAGGAUGGCAAAGAGUAUGAUGAUAAUUUCACAGAUCCUUAUGGAGGAGAAGCAAACGUGGAGGAAGAAGACGAGGAGAAAAUGGAGUUACCGGAUGACAUGAACUUGGAUGCUGGCGAACAAAAUGAAAAUGAAGAUGACAUGGAACAGCCUCCCAUGGAAAUAGAGGAGAAAGGAGUUUUCCCAGAAGAAGAAAAAGAGGACAAAGAGGAUGGAAAGGAGGAUGAAAAUGAAGAAGAUCCUGCUAAAGGACUAGAGGAAGCAAAUGAUAAAGCACAAAGGAACGAAGAAAACAAUGAAGAUGAUGAAGGAGAAGCAGAAUUAGGAGAAGACAAGGAUGGAGAGCAGGAUGAAGAGGGAACUUCGGAAGAAAUGAAGAAAGAUGAACGCAAGCAAGGCACUGAGGAAGUAAAUGACUUAGAUAAUGAUGAAGAAAAGGAAGAUUUGGCAGACAAGGCUGAAGCAUCUGCAGACAAAGACUCCAAGACUCCAGCAGAGGCGGCUGAGAUGGACACAACAGAAGGCAGCAAGGACCAGACCAAGGAGCAACCCAAAACGAGUACAGGUGGACAGCGUGAGGAGGAUGAGGAGGACAAACAAGAGGAGCAAGGGCAAAUGGGGGAGCAGACAGAGGACCAGGAAGGCACCGGGCAGUCUGAGAGCCGCACCAGAGAGGACGCCCACCAGGGAGAAUCCUCGGCCUUGGUGACUCAAGCCUCAGCCAGUGACCAGAAUGACAUGAAGAAGCCGCGCAAGCCAGGCGAGACAAACGAAAACAGGACUUUGGGUGAUAAUAAUAAGAGACUACAGCAGGGCCUGAUGACCAAGGAGUCCAGGAAAAAGAAGCCAGAAAAUAACCAACAGCAACAACAAGAGGAGGAUAAAGAAGCAGAAGAAAGCACUGAGCACUCCACCUAUGAGCACAUCACCCAAUCUGAAGACCACUUUGAUGCCCACAUGGUGGAUGCCGGCACACAGGAGCAGGCCAAGGAGGCCCCGGCACCGGCUGACAGACAAGAGGAGGAGAUGCCAGAUGAAGACAUGCUGGACACCCCUAUGGAGGUUGAUGAGGAAGAACUUGGAGAAGCCAUGGAAGAGAAAGAAGCCACCAGCCAGGAGGGGAAAGAUGGAGAACGAAAGGAACAGAACAAAGGCCACCAGGACCCACAGGCAGAGGGAGAGGCUCAGAUGGUGACAGAAGGAGAGGUGGUGCUAGAGAGUACCGUCCAGCGGGCGCCUGAGACCUUCUUUCACACCCUGGUGCCAGACGAAGAAACAGAAAAGGACAAACCUGUCGCCACAUUUGAUGAGGACAUAGAGAAGACAAGGCGUCAAAUUGAAGUAGUGAGCACACACAAUGAACUGGAAGGAUCAACAUGGGCCAAGCAGGAGGCCCGAGUGGCCCCAGUGGCACUGCAACUGUGUGAGCAGCUGCGUCUCAUCCUGGAGCCCACACAGGCGGCCAGACUGAAGGGUGACUACAGGACUGGAAAGCGGCUCAACAUGAGAAAAGUGAUUCCCUAUAUUGCCUCACAGUUUCGUAAAGAUAAAAUCUGGCUCAGGAGGACACAGCCCAGUAAAAGGACCUAUCAAAUCCUAGUGGCUGUGGAUGACUCAGAAUCCAUGACUGAGGCCCGGGCAGGCAGUCUUGCAGUGGAGAGUGUGGCCCUGGUGACGCGUGCCCUCACCCUGCUGGAGGUGGGUCAGCUGGGGGUCAUCAGCUUUGGAGCCACCACAAAAAUUCUUCAUCCUCUAGAUCAGCCAUUCAGUGAAGCUUCAGGAAGCAGGAUUCUCCAAAACUUGAAAUUUGACCAGAAAAUUACCAAUUUUGGACGUAUGCUGGAGGACAGUGUUGCCAUCCUCAAUAGUUCCCACAUCUCUGGGAGCCACGGCCACCCUGACACUGCCCAACUACUGCUGAUCUUGAGUGAUGGCCAAACUCAAACCAGGAUGGAGGCAGUCAAGGCAGCUGUGAGGGCUGCUCGAGCUUCCAGGAUAUUUAUUGUCUUCCUGGUCUUGGAUGCAAAGGAUAACAAGUAUUCCUUCUAUGACACAUUGGUGUAUGAGGAUGGUGUGAUGAAGCCAUUAGUGGAGUCCUUCCCCUUCCCCUUUUUCUUAGUGGUGCGAGACAUCGACACUCUGCCAGAUGCUUUAGCCACAGCCCUGAGGCAGUGGUUUGAGCUUGUUACAGCCAAUGCUGCCCACUGAUCAGUUUCCUCAAUGGCAUUGAUCAUUUUGACAAAUUGUAUAUUUUAAUAACAGGACAGUUAUUUAUUACUGAUGUAUAGGCUUUACAAUAUAAUAAUCAGGACACAUUGUUGAUAUAGGAUAAUGUCCCCAAUCAUGUAUUUUCAACUGCAUCUUUGAAUAUAUAUUUUGAAAUGUGACACCCCUACCUGCCAUAACACUGACAGUGCUGUAAAGGUCAAUAUUAUAAAAAUGAGAGUUUAGAAUGUAUUGUGAAAGAUAUUUUCAUUAUCAUUUCACUGUA